GUCAUGGAGGUGCAGUCUGCAACGAAUUUUAGCAUGCUUACAGAGCGUUUGCACAUUCUUUUUAAACGCUACAUAAUUAAUGGAAGAGUACGCGCACCCCCAGAAUUUGAAUUGAAAGAUAUGAUUCCUACUUUUCAACAAGGAGCAAAAACAAAUAGAAGAGCUUUGCAAAGCAAAUUCAAGAGUUGGGCGAAGAGAAUGACAGUUAUAAGCGGGAACUUAGUUCUAUCUAGUUCGGGAAAGGUUAUUAUUCCUCAAGAAAGAUGUGAAGAAAUAAUUAUGGAAUUUCAUCGUGACAAUCACAUGGGUAUCAACAAAAUUAUUACCCAAAUUCAAAAAAAAUAUACAUGGACGAAGAAAAAUUUUGGUAUGGACUUAGAAAUUGUGAUGAAUGCCAUCUCCAAUAAUUGCAAAAAUACUGCAUGCCAGAAAGAGAUAGGAAAAGCCAUUAAAACAUAUUGCAGAAAACUGUUUCAAGGUUUUCCUGUAUCAACGGUUCCUCAAUCGUUCUAUCAAGAUUCGAACUUUGAGUUUGCUGAUUUUUAUAACAGCUCAAUGGAAAUUCCAUCGGGAGACAGAAUUUCGCCAAAAGAAUAUCCUAUUCUGCAAAGCUAUCUUAGUAACAGAUAUAAUGCCUUGGAAGUUUUGCCAGAAAAAUUUGAAAAUAAGAUGAAUUAUUUAACAAAGAGUGAUAAAAAUGAAAGUUAUAAAAAUAUUGCUUUGUCAAAAAAUAAAUAUCUUACAGAGCUAUCUUUAAAAAGUAUUAAAAACGAUGAAAGUACAGAGCCUAAGAUCGAUAUAUAUGGGGAAUGUGAUGUUCCACAACCUCUAGUUUUUAUAGAAAAUCAAAGAAAUGAAUUCGGAGCGCUUCGGUCCAUACCAACGAAUAAGAAAAAGCAAUGUUUUCUGCAGCCAUUGGAUAUUAAGAAUGCAAAUGAAUCUGAAAAAGAUAAUAUUUCAGGUCCACUUUCGAUGCCAUCGACUACAUUGCAUAGAAAAUACCCUAAUUUUAUAAUGGAGAACGACGAUUCAAAUAGAAACAGUUAUUCAUUAAUGAAAUCGUGUAAGAAACCGAAGAAUUUACACGAAUUUAAGAAACAAUUAAAAGAUGCUCAGAUUUAUCCAGGAAUAUAUCCUGAUAUAUUUACUGACCCAAAAUCUCAAUUUUUAAGCACCUUAGGCCUUGUCCCUAAGCGAAUUUGUAGCAAAAAAAUCUUGACCAAAUUUACCAAAGAACAACGUAAAAAACGUCUAAUGGAAAAAAGACGCAGCUGGUUUAUGGUUGACCGCAAAGUUUUGCGUGAUCGGAAUAAGCUUAACAAAAGAAAUUCUCAUCGAUUAAAAAUGAGGCAUGAAGCAUAUGGAAACUUUUCUAAGCCCCAUUCAUCCUUAUUUUACCAUUCGUCCGCACAAAGCUCACAAAAAAUAAGAAAUGAUACUUUCAAAAAGUUAAAAAAUAUUACGAAACGACCUCUGAGAGGUCAUAAUGGAAAACUCAGAAUGAUUAAACAGCAAUUUAUACUUCCAAAAAAGCCUUCUGUGCUAGGGAAAAAAAAUCCAGAAAUUAUUGACAUUGCUUCAUCUGAUGACGAAUGUGCAGACUCUCAAAAUUUCAAAGAUGUAAAGACUGAAUUACCAGAACCUGAAAUUCAGAUAACCAGCUCUAAUGAGCAGAGCUGCUCAUUCCAAUAUGCAGAUCCAAUGCUAUUUGGAUGCAAUGCAGAAAAUGAGGACACUUUGAGAAGUCAAAUGUUCUACGGGCAAAACUUUGGAUAUAAUGGAAUAUUUGGAGCACCAAAUUUAUUUCUCAACCAAAACAAUGUUGUAAAUUUUCCAGUAACUAGCAACAAUUUACCGUAUCAACAUAAUGAGCCAUUUUAUAUCAAUUCUCAAACCCAGUUUCCCAUCAUGAGACCAUUUUUAAUCCCGGCUUUAUCCAACAGCGAUAUUGCUGUUCUGCAAGCCGGAAAUUUUCCAAUGAUUAGACCACUGAGGCCAAUUAAUUCCCCAAACGUAAGUCCCUAUUUCAAGAACAUGCAACCUUUACCGAAAAGUGCUUACUCUUUCAAUGGACAACCUGCAAACUCUGGAAAUGAUGAGCAAUGUUUAUUUGUACCAGGUGAAAAUGUUGUUGCUGGAAAUAAAGAAAGUAGCAUUAAUGUUAAUCCUAUGCCACCUCAAAACAAUCAGCUGCCACAAAAUUUCAAGGUUUUCUUGGUGAAUAAAACUCCCAAGAAAACUUAUUUGUUGGUGCCACCUAGCUAUAAAGCUUAUCUAAACUCGGCAAAGAAAACCAUUCCAGUUUCAGAUGGGAAACAACCAAUUGCACCACGUAUAAGUAGUUCAGAUAAAGUGUCACUAAAAUAUAAAACAGUAUCACAAGAGUUGCAUCAAAGACGAUUAAAUAAUGCAAUUUUUGGAAAAGCCAACUACAGCAGUAAACAAAAAGGUCCAAAGAAAGAUAUUCAAAGUGAAAUGACAAGACUUUCAAAUUGGAUAAGCCAAAUGAAAACAAACGUCACACCAACAAAUUUUCACAGAGGAGUUGAAAAGUUUUCGCACAGAUUAACAAAUCAGUUGAAUGUAGGCAUAACUUUGGUGAAAGGAGUUAGAAAUGCCCUGAUUGAAAUAGAAAAGAACGAAGAUAAUAUUGUAGAAGAUGCAGUCUAGUUCAGAUUUGAAGGUAUCGAUAGUUAAAUAUUCCACUUGAAUGUUUUGAAGUAGAUGGAGAAAGAUCUGGAGAGGAACAACAGAUAAUAUCCAAGAAAAGAAAUAAAAAAAAAAAAAACAUGAAUAAUUUCUUAAAGAAAACAAGGAAGCUUAUUUUUGUAUUUACAGA